UUCAUAGGUCAGAUUAAUUUCUUUUUCUUUUUUACAGAGUCAUGAGUGACUGUGAAGAGGGAGACUUCUUUUGGGAGUCUUUGAUUUCACCUGGGAAAAGAAAAAGAAAAAAGAACAAAAAAUGUGUAAAACACAAAAACAACAUUACCGUGAAAAAUGAUGAGAGCAUUCAGAAGAAAAAGAAGAAAAAAAACUCAAAAUUCAAAGAAGAAAUGGAAGGAAGGAAGGAAAAGAAGAGAGAAAAGAAAAGGAAAUGGUCUUUAGGGUUAUCUGAUAGUUCUGUAUUCAUACAGGGUUACUCAGGUGCAUCUGGCCCUACUGUAAAAUCAAAACCUGAAUCUUCGCAACCCUGCAGCACUGAAAAACUAAAGGCUGAUCACCUGACUCAAGAUUUAAAAAAGAAAACCAAAAGAAAAAAGAAAGUGGUGUUUGAUUUAUCACCAGGCUUCAUCCAUGUCAAACGUCCUAAAUUUGUCUCUUCAUCACCCCAAGAGAAUAUCCUCUCAGAGAAACAAGCUGUGAGAGACAGUGAGAGUUGUUCACAAGUCACAGUGACAGAGCACAACCAGGGUCAGUCACAUGAUAAUGACACUCAAUGCACCAGUGAUGAUAUAAACAGCCAGGACCUUUUUAUCACACAGAGGAUGUUCAGGACAUCACUUUCUGAACCUUCCAGUGAUCAAGCCAGUGAUAAAGCUGUUAUUACAACUCCUCCACCAAUCACACCACCAGAAGGGGGGCUGCACCCAUCUGGGGCUCAGAUAAAACAUGAAGGAUCUGACACACAUGUACAGGACUCACAUUUACAUCAGCAUCACAAAACAGCAAAAGACCACCUCCAGAGGCCAAAGACAAUACAGAUAGUCCUCACAGAAGAAGAAGAGUGGUUGCACCCAGCACAGCAGAGUUCUAAGAACGAAACUUUGUCUUUUCAGAAACAGAUGGAGUUAAACACAAAUCUCGUUGAGGAGAAAAAAGUUCCCACUCUCAUACAUGUAAAUUCUGUGGUAGUGAAUCCUUACCUGGAUGAUCCAUUUGUGGUAAAGCCCUCCCUGAAUAUUGCAAAAUCAAAGACACACUCCUAUACUUCCAGCCAGCAUUCUCCUUCAUGUCUUCUAAACACAGAUGAAACUUCCCUGCUUCCCUACAGGUCAAAAGCAACGAUUUCCACACAGACAGAAAACUUCUUCACCACGGAACUCUCCUCCUACCUGAGCUUCUGCCAAAAAAGUAGAGUGACUGCAUGUUUCGAAAACUUAAAACCUUUGGACCUGAGCCUGCCACAGAGGGCCAGAACAGAUGAAGAAAAGCACAGUAACCAGAAACUGUUAUCUCUGCCAGACAAAAUAAAAGGUAAUGGUCACAAAGACCCCAGCCUGCAUCCAUCUUGUUCUACAGACAUUAAGGAUGUAGAGGUAAAGAAGGAGCCUAAGGAACGUUCUGUCAGUGCACAGAAUAAAGGCAAAACAACUCCAAGCCCCCAGUCAGAGUCUGAGCUCAAGUCUGUAGACACAACAACCUCCAGUGAAGACAACGAACCCCACUGUUGCACUGGCAAGCUGGACCUGGCCCAGGUCAAAGUGGUGCAGAUGAAACUCAACGAGUCCUUCUUUUUCAAAACAAAAGGAGAGGGACUGUCUCUCAGACCUGAGUCUCCACUGAUGAAACUUGCUCAGGGCAGAGAAAUGAAAAGCAGGAAGGGCCUCUGAGGUCAUAAGGAAGGAUGGAAAUGAAGACUUCUCCACACUUAAGCUGGCACUUAGUGGUUGCCACAUUCUACCUCGUUCAAGACACAAUUCAAGGUGUGGAGCAGGAGUUCCAUCACCUCGUGCAGGGUUGGCAGGUGAAUAAAAUCCAACAAGGUGUGACCUUCAAACUGUCACUCCCUUUAAGAUAUACAGUCAGUUGGCAGUUUAUUAGGCACGCCUAACUUAAACUAAUGCACUGUACACAGCAGUCCUACAAUAAAUUCUACCUUCACAGGGGUAAUUAUGUUCACUUGGUGUUGAAACUGUUUUAGAGAGGUGCUGAUCAACUUUUUGGUCAUUUUGGAGGCUACAGUUUGUGGUGAUGUUUUUAUUAUUUUGGCCACCUGAUUUAUAUUGAUGAGGGCAGGCUAAAUAGCAGAAACUCUCUGUAUAAUGCAGUACAGUUUAACAGCACUACAAACUAGUCUUCCAUAAUUAUCAUAGCUGAACCAACACCUCUUUCUGUGUUUGUAAAUUGCUUGGAUUUUCAAGUUCGAUGUUUCUUCAAUGUUGGUACAGGGGUUUAAGCACUCAUGGGUUUGUUUGCUAAUUCCUCCUUUAAAUAUCAGUUUCUGGGACAGUUUGAUUUUUUUUCAGAAAACUUUGUGACACCAAAUUGUAGUUAAGAGCUUUGUUAUUGUUCUGUAUGAAAAAUGUCUUAUCAAUUUGCUUUUAUUUACUGCGGUUUACUUGCUGUACAAU